CAGCCGCAUCUGGGGCAACUGCCAGGGCCCGCCCCAACUCUGCAGUCAUUGGAGGAGCUUGAAGUUGAAGGCUCCUGCUAAAAAUCAGUACGUUUCAUUUUGCAGUUACUGGGAGGGGGCUUGCUGUGGCCCCAUCAGGAAGAGUAGCGCUCUGGUCCAGCUCCGCGCAGGGACGGAGCCUGUCACCAUGCCGGCCUGCUGCAGCUGCAGUGAUGUUUUCCAGUAUGAGACGACCAAAGUCACUCGGAUCCAGAGCAUGAAUUAUGGCACCAUUAAGUGGUUCUUCCACGUGAUCGUCUUUUCCUACGUUAGCUUUGCUCUGGUCAGUGACAAGUUGUACCAGCGGAAAGAGCCUGUCAUCAGUUCUGUGCACACCAAGGUGAAGGGGAUAGCAGAGGUGAAAGAGGAGAUCGUGGAGAAUGGAGUGAAGAAGUUGGUGCACAGUGUCUUUGACACUGCAGACUACACCUUCCCUUUGCAGGGGAACUCUUUCUUCGUGAUGACAAACUUUCUCAAAACAGAAGGCCAAGAGCAGCGGUUAUGUCCCGAGUAUCCCACCCGCAGGACGCUCUGUUCCUCUGACCGGGGUUGUAAAAAGGGAUGGAUGGACCCACAGAGCAAAGGAAUUCAGACCGGAAGGUGUGUAGUGUAUCAAGGGAACCGGAAGACCUGUGAAGUCUCUGCCUGGUGCCCCAUCGAGGCAGUGGGAGAGGCCCCCCGGCCUGCUCUCUUGAACAGUGCGGAAAACUUCACCGUGCUCAUCAAAAACAAUAUCGACUUCCCCGGCCACAACUACACCACGAGAAACAUCUUGCCUGGUUUAAACAUCACUUGUACCUUCCACAAGACUCAGAAUCCACAGUGUCCCAUUUUCCGACUAGGAGACAUCUUCCGAGAAACAGGCGAUAAUUUUUCAGAUGUGGCAAUUCAGGGCGGAAUAAUGGGCAUCGAGAUCUACUGGGACUGCAACCUAGACCGUUGGUUCCAUCACUGCCGUCCCAAAUACAGUUUCCGUCGCCUUGACGACAAGACUACCAACGUGUCCUUGUACCCUGGCUACAACUUCAGAUAUGCCAAGUACUACAAGGAAAACAAUGUUGAGAAACGGACUCUGAUAAAAGUCUUUGGGAUCCGUUUUGACAUCCUGGUUUUUGGCACCGGAGGAAAAUUUGACAUUAUCCAGCUGGUUGUGUACAUCGGCUCAACCCUCUCCUACUUCGGUCUGGCCACUGUGUUCAUUGACUUCCUCAUCAACACUUACUCCAGUAACUACUGUCGCUCCCAUAUUUAUCCCUGGUGCAAGUGCUGUCAGCCCUGUGUGGUCAACGAAUACUACUACAGGAAGAAGUGCGAGUCCAUUGUGGAGCCAAAGCCGACAUUAAAGUAUGUGUCCUUUGUGGAUGAAUCCCACAUUAGGAUGGUGAACCAGAAGCUACUAGGGAGAAGUCUGCAACAUGUCAAGGGCCAAGAAGUCCCAAGACCUGCAAUGGACUUCACAGAUUUGUCCAAGCUGCCCCUGGCCCUCCAUGACCCACCCCCGAUUCCUGGACAACCAGGGGAGAUGCAGCCGCUUAGAGAGGAGGCGACUCCUAGAUCCAGGGACAGCCCCGUCUGGUGCCAGUGUGGAAGCUGCCUUCCGUCCCAACUCCCCAAGAGCCACAGGUGCCUGGAGGAGCUGUGCUGCCGGAAAAAGCCAGGGGCCUGCAUCACCACCUCAGAGCUGUUCAGGAAGCUGGUCCUGUCCAGACACGUCCUGCAGUUCCUCCUGCUCUACCAGGAGCCCUUGCUGGCGCUGGAUGUGGAUUCCACCAACAGCCGGCUGCGGCACUGUGCCUACAGGUGCUACGCCACCUGGCGCUUCGGCUCCCAGGACAUGGCUGACUUUGCCAUCCUGCCCAGCUGCUGCCGCUGGAGGAUCCGAAAAGAGUUUCCCAAGAGUGAAGGGCAGUACAGUGGCUUCAAGAGUCCUUACUGAAGCCAGGCACCAUGGCUCACGUCUGUAAUCCCAGCCCUUUGGGAGGCCGAGGCAGCCAGAUCACCCGAGGUUGGGAGUUGGAGACCAGCCUGGCUAACAAGGCAAAAUCCCGUUUGUACUAAAAAUACAAAAAUCAGCCAGACAUGGUGGUGUGCACCUGUAAUCCCAGCUACUCGGGAGGCUGAGGCACGAGAAUCACUUGAACCUGGGACGCGGAGGUUGUAGUGAGCCGAGAUUGUGCCACUGCACUCCAGCCUGGGAGGCACAGCAAACUGUC